AGUGUGUUUCGACAGCGCGUGUAGAUAGCGGUCUACGUCACGAGCCUCUGCCUCCCCCCUAGGUUUUUAAUUCCCUCUUUCUUUGGCAUAAACGUGGCUCUCCUCCUCCUAAGCGUCGCACAUCAGCCGUGGACGCAUUUCACAUUUAAAAUCGACCAUCGACGGUUCAGCUGGGGUUUCCUCUCCUCCUCCCCCCACGUGUUUGUCGCUCGUGUUCCGUUAUUUGUCUUUUACAUUGACAAGAGCCGUUAUAUAAGCGGAGUAACGGUCCAGGGAUGACACCCGGCGUAGUUGCGUCCUAACGGCACAAUAGUCGCGUGCUGUCUGGAGGCCACAACGCUGCACUUUAUGGACCCUAUUUGUACUGUAAUGUAAUCGGCGUUCGGGAGCCUUUGUCAUAGCGAUUUAGCCGGCUUAAAGGAGCCACUGCCAAUGCCCGUCUUUUUUUUUCCUGUGGAAUGAUUUGAAGUUAGCACGACAGCUAAACAGCAACACGCCGCGCUUCUGCCGGUGAAUUGUCCGCGUGCGCAGCGGAAUGACGAUGAGGAUGAUGGUGAGAGGAAACCUGCACGCCGUGCUCCAUGGCUCCCGUUAAUUGCCUUUUACAUUAUCACAUUUUUGUUAUGAUUAUCGCUGCGGUGUGUGCGGAGACCCGUUAAGAAAUCAUCCCUGGCCGAAGAAUGAACGGGCCCAUACCGUAAAAAUAUGGACAACAAAGAAUAAGGCGACCCGACCAAGACAGCGGGGUGUCAGAUCAAGCUUUUCUUUUUUAUUUUAAGUCAGCUAGCAAGCUUGUUAGCGGAUUAGCCACGCGGCCCGGACAGUAGAGAGAUCUCUUCGUCCCUCAUUUGGACCAUUUCCCCCCUUUCCCAGCGCUUUUUUUUCCCUCCCGUUUUUUUUUUCCGUUACCGAAGCGACGCGCAAUGAUGGGCGCUCAGACCGAGGAUGUGGAGCCCAUGCCGGGAUACUUGGAGCUCAUCAGCCGAGCCUCCAGCGUCAUGCUGAAAGCGUGGAGAGAUUGUAGCCAGUGCGGGCUGGAGCUCACAACACGGACUCUCCUGGAUCACGCAUACAUCACCUGGACCGAGAUCGCCCUGUUCUUCUUUUGCGCCUUUUUGUGGACACAGAUCAGACGGGGGCUGACAGAAAGUCUGUUCAAGCCUCUGGCACAGUGGUGCAGGUUGCUGCCCAAAGAUGCCGCCAAGAUGCCCGAGAGCGCGUGGAAGCUGGUCUUCUACACCAUGUCGUGGUGCUACAGCACCUACCUGCUCUUCUUCACCUCCUACCCUUUUUUCCACAACCCACCCUCUGUCUUCUACAACUGGAAGAGUGGAAUGCCAGUGCCUAUAGACAUCGCCAUCGCCUACCUGAUCCAGGGCAGCUUUUACGGUCACUCCAUCUAUGCCACCGUCUACAUGGACGCCUGGAGGAAGGACUCUGCUGUCAUGGUGGUGCAUCACAUCAUCACUCUGGCACUUAUCUGUUUCUCCUAUGCCUUUAGAUACCACAACGUGGGAAUUCUGGUGUUGUUCCUCCAUGAUAUCAAUGACAUUCAACUGGAAUUCACCAAGCUCAACGUCUACCUGAAGUCCAGAGGAGGAGGCUACUUCCUGCUUAAUGACGUGCUCGCCAACAUGGGCUCGGUCAGCUUCAGCAUCACCUGGUUCUGGUUCCGUCUGUACUGGUUUCCCCUAAAAGUACUGUAUGCCACCUGCGUGUCUGUCCCCAACAUUCCAUUCUACUUCUUCUUCAACACUCUGCUCCUCGCACUGUUGCUCAUGAACAUCUACUGGUUCUUGUUCAUCGUCAUCUUCGUAGUAAAAGUGUUGAAGAUGAAGGAGGUGAAUGACGUCAGGGAGUACGAGGAGGAGGAGGGCGCCAAGGCAGCAGCGGGCCUGCUCCGAAACCCUCAGGCGGCGGCCAUAAAUCACGGCGAUGAUCACCCCGAUGAUGAUGCUGGACAUCACAACGCUGACCAGGGGAAGCACGUGCAGAACGGAAUCGCCAAGGAGAAGCAUCUAUGAACGGAUCUGCGGCGCCCCCACCAGGCAGGAGGCCACGAGAGGAGCGGAACCCCCCCACCCCCAACACACACACACACACACUAACAUUUUAGUCUUCUCAAGCACUGUGAAUGUUAUCUCGUUGAAGCAGUGAGAAACAGACCGUUGGAGUACGAGGCGUCACAUGUUUUCUUUUUCCUCCCCCUUUUCCCAACCAUCCAAUCUCUCGCUUGUUGAUUUGAUUCUCAUCGCACGGGUCCGCCGUGGCCUCCUGCCUCCAUUAGCGACAUUAAUGUGUGUGAGUGUGAGUGGUGAAUGGAUACCGAGCGAGUGGG